AUGGUUUCAACAAUAUUACCUCAGUUCCCAAAGUUUCAAGUGAACGUUUCCCUUUUCCAUGACGUGCAAAACAGUGAAGAUAUACGGUUGCAGGUUGCUGAGUUACCCUUUGCAUUUGUAGAUGCCUCGGUUAUUGUAUCCCAAGAACAACUGUUUGCGGCUGUCUACAGAGUGCUCACCGAUCUCACCUACAAUAAAUUAAGGACAAAGACUAUUCAUUCAGAAUGUCUUCUUGCCUUGUCGCCAACGUCAAAUAUCGGCGAGGCCUUCAAUAGGUUUGGCAUUCAGCAAGGCUCGACGGAUCUGGUCGUGCUGCAGAUCGUGGAAGUUGGACAGGAAUCUACCGAGUCUGCCAAUGAUAUUGUCAAGGGUACCGAAGUGGAAUUUAACAACGACAACUUAUUACACACAUACAACGAACAAACACUAAGAAAGAUAUAUAAAUUGGACAAUAGUUUCCAGCCAAAGACCACUGAGGGAUUCUCCCAGGCUUUGGUAAAUGCAAUUCAAUUAAGAGGUUUGUAA